CACGAUAUGUUAUCAAAUGAAAUAUAGCUAUUCAAAUUUACACUGAAAAUAUUUAUAUUAAUAAAGGUAUUUUGGAUAUUUUAUGAAUGAUGUUUUAUGCGAUUUGUUUUCUGUUUCUAGUGAGUCAUAUUCUGGUUUGUGAAGGUAGACAGGGUUGUCAGAAUGGCUGGGUGACGUCUGAUGACUCGUGUUAUUUGUUCGCAGAUGAAAUAAAACUGGACUGGACUGAAGCAACGCAUUUUUGUGCAUCGCAUGGUGGGUCGCAUGUAGCGACAAUUGAAAACGAAGCAGAGUUACUUUUUCUUGAGGACCAAUGUAAGAGGUUGUUUAAGCAAGGAACUAGCAGGGAUCACUGGUUUUGGCUCGGAGCUACUGACGAUGAAGUGGAAGGUGUCUGGGUAUGGUAUACCGACCAUUCACGCCUGUCAGAUGGAUAUACGAAUUGGUAUCCGGGGCAACCAGAGACAGGAGACAAGAAUAAUCAAGACUGCGCAUGUCUUUGGGGUCCUAUAUCAUACACAUGGCAUGAUUGUCACUGUGAGCUGAAGUCGCACUUCAUUUGUGAACAAAGCACAUCGGAACAGGAGAUCAUCGGAUGAGAUGUUGUGAGUGGACAUUUGUAAAGUGAAAAGCACAGACAGAAAUAUCCAGUCUGAGAAUAAGAUUUAAUGACUGUAGAAUUUCCAAACAAGCGAGUGUUGAUAUAAAGCAUGUAAAUACUUGACAAAAAUAACUUCUUUACCUUGUCAUAUUCGAGCCAAAUCUAAAUUUAAAUAGAUAUUUGACAACUUAUCACGUCUGUAUCUUUAUCAAUGAUAUUUGCUCGUUGAAAACAAACAGAACUUUCACUUGAGGUUUUAAAAUAUUAAUGUGAUAUCUUUGUUCGAAAUGAUUUUGUUGAAUUGUUCAUAUGUUGUUAUCAUUACCUGCAUGCAAGCACCGAGGUAAAAAUGUGCGUUUUGAAUGGUGACCAUGAAAUACUUUUUUCCGCUCACCUGUCUUCUUUAUAAUCUCGUCGCCAUGAUAUACUAGCUCGUAGGAAAGAGAUACUGUCUAGUGAUCAAGAGAUUACUUACUCAUUUAAACGAGAUAUUAUCUCCAUUUCUUAGCCGUGAGGUAUACUCAUUUGUGUGAACAAGAUUGCAUCUCGCGGCCUCGAGUUAAGUAUGUCGUGGCUUUGAGAUUUUAACAAAAUCAACCUUUUUACCUCGGAGCUUCUGUAUAGAUAUUUUGUAAGCAUCAUUAAAGAUAUUGCCAAAAUAUCUAGGAGGCAUUACAAGUUUUUGAUUAGUGUGUAUAUCAAAUAAAUACGUAUGACGGCAAA